ACACUCGUAUCUUCUAUGACUCAUUUAAUCACCUUUCCCCUUUCUAUAAAGCUUGUAUUGCUAUGAGCUCUGCUCUCAACCCAACGCAAUCCCACAAUAUGGCAAUGGAGAUGUGGUCCAAUGUCGGCACGCUCACGGCAGCCAUUUUUUUCUUGGGAACAAUGGCCAGGGAGUACCUCCCUCCCGAACUCUUGGAAUAUUUCGGAGCGCUACUCAGAAGGCUCUCACGAAUUCUCUCUUUCUACAUCACUCUCGUGAUUGAGGAGAACGAAGGCAUCAAGGUCAGCCAUGUUUACGAAUCGGUGCAGAUUUAUCUGAGCACCAGAUCAUCUUCCGACGCCACCAGAUUGAAGCUCAGCAGGCCCAAAAAUGCCAAGGCAUUUACAUACACCAUGGACAAAAGCCAACAAAUCAUGGACGAGUUUCACGGUGUCCAAGCCUGGUGGACUUUCCGUAGCAGAGAGUUAAAGCAGCCUGUCUUCUCCUGGUAUGAUGUCUCUGAUGAAAAGCGCCAGUUCGAGCUCACAUUCCACAAGAAAGACAAAGCCAAGAUAUUUGAAUCCUAUCUGCCGCAUGUAAUUGCAGAGGCCAAGAUCAUGGAGCUGAGGAAUCGGCACCGGAAGAUUUACACCAACAAAGGUGGUAAGUCGCACUUCUACGAGGAAAGAAACCGCGUUUGGACGCCGGUGGUUUUCGAGCACCCUGCGACGUUCGAAACCGUGGCUCUUGACCCCGAGGUAAAGGAAGACAUAAUGGAGGACCUCACAAAGUUUUCUCAGAGGGAAAAGUAUUAUAAGAAGGUCGGCCGUGCCUGGAAACGGGGGUAUUUGCUCUACGGCCCGCCCGGCACCGGAAAAUCGAGUAUGAUCGCUGCUAUUGCGAAUUUUCUCGAGUACGACAUUUAUGAUCUAGAGCUAACUGGGGUUAAGAGCAACACUGAGCUGAGGAAGCUUUUGAUCGGGACUACGAAUAAGUCUGUUAUUGUGAUUGAGGACAUCGACUGCUCGCUGGAUCUGACGGAUCGGAAAAAGAAGGUGAAGAAAGAGAGCAAGGAAGAGCAAAACCCUGCGAAAGAUGAGAAAGAAAGUGAAGAAAGUCAGGUGACUCUGUCCGGGGUUUUGAAUUUCACAGAUGGCUUGUGGUCCUGUUGCGGCAGCGAAAGAAUUAUUAUUUUUACGACAAAUCAUGUUGAUAGGCUGGACCCUGCGCUUCUUCGGUCGGGGCGCAUGGAUAAGCACAUUUAUUUGUCUUUCUGUACUUUUCCUGCGUUUAAAGUUCUCUCUCGAAAUUAUCUUGGUGUUAAAGAUCAUCAUUUGUUUGACCAAAUUGAGGUGUUGAUGAAAGAAGCGCAGAUGACGCCGGCAGAUGUGACAGAGCAAUUGAUGAGGUUGAGUGACGAUCCAACUGCUGCACUGGAAAAGCUGAUUCAGGCUCUGCACCAGGCUAUGGAAAAGGCUGCCGUGAAAAAUGAAAUUCGGCCGGAGACUGAAAGUGUAUUAGACGACAAUAUAGCUGCAGAGGAAUCUCCUCCGGUGGCUGCUAUAAGUAAAGAUUCUAGUUCAAAUUGAAAAAUUUCAGAAGAGUAGGAAUGUAUAAAUAUCGUAUGUUUUCGUUUCUUAAGAUGUACUAGUCUGUGCUUGGUUAUUCUCGUCGAUGAUAUGGAAAACUCCCACCAUGAAAAAUAAUUUGUAAUAUGUUUUUAGGAUAAAGUCCCUAUUUAUGCAGCUUAAUAAUUAAACUGUGUUUUUCUGAUUA